GCGGUGGGGGGGGUCCCGAAACCAUCUUAUAAACCGGAUUGCACGGAGCGAGGAGGAAAAACAACAACAAAAAAAAGAAAGAUACAAAAUAUCCCAGCGAAAGGCGACCGCCCGCCGGCUGCGGCAGCCGCCCGCCCCCCGCCCCGCGCUCCCGCUGGCCUCGGGCUGCCUUUGUGUCGGAGCCCCGCGCCCCAGCCCGGCGCAGGCGGCGGCUGCAGCGCGGCGCGGACCAUGCCCAGCUCGCUCUUCGCCGACAUGGAGCGGAACGGCAGCGGCGGCGGCGGCGGAGGAGGAGGAGGCGGAGGGGGAGAGACCCUGGAUGACCAGCGAGCCCUGCAGAUCGCCCUGGACCAGCUCUCCCUGCUGGGGCUGGACAACGACGAGGCGGGCUCCAUUUACGACAGCGAGCCUCGGAAAAAGAGCGUGAAUAUGACGGAGUGCGUGCCUGUGCCCAGCUCGGAGCACGUCGCGGAGAUCGUUGGCAGGCAAGGUUGUAAAAUCAAAGCUCUGCGGGCGAAGACCAACACCUACAUCAAGACCCCGGUGCGCGGGGAGGAGCCGCUCUUUGUUGUGACGGGCAGAAAGGAAGAUGUGGCCAUGGCCCGCAGGGAGAUCAUCUCGGCAGCUGAGCACUUCUCUAUGAUCCGAGCCUCGCGGAACAAGAACACAGCCCUGAAUGGCACCGUCCCCGGCCCCCCCAACCUGCCCGGCCAAACCACCAUCCAGGUGCGGGUGCCUUAUCGCGUGGUGGGCUUGGUCGUAGGGCCCAAAGGGGCCACGAUUAAGCGCAUCCAGCAGCAGACGCACACCUACAUUGUGACGCCCAGCCGGGACAAGGAGCCGGUCUUCGAGGUGACGGGCAUGCCUGAGAACGUGGACCGGGCACGGGAGGAGAUUGAGGCGCACAUCGCCAUGCGAACCGGCGGCAUCAUCGAGCUGACGGACGAGAACGACUUCCACGCCAACGGCACGGAUGUUGGCUUCGAGCUGAAUGGCACGGGCAGCCUGUGGAGCAAGCCCACGCCGCCCAGCAUCACGCCCACCCCGGGCCGCAAGCCCUUCUGCAACUACCGCAACGACAGCUCCAGCUCACUGGGCAGCGCGUCCACCGACUCCUACUUCGGGGGUGGCACGGGGGGCGGCGGGGCCCGCCUGGCCGACUAUAGCCCCCCGAGCCCGGCACUCAGCUUCACCCACAACGGCAACAACAACAACAACAGUGCCAACGGUUACGUCUACAGCGGAGGCGGUGGGGAUGUGCUUUCCUCCCCGGACUGCUGCUCCGAGCUGCCCUUCGACUCGCCACCUGGCUUCGACCUGGCACCCGCCCCGCCGCCCGGGGCUGCCCUCCUCUGGCCGCAGUUUGAGCGCGGCCCCGCAGCCGCACCGCCCUCGCCCGCGCCCUCGCCUGCCGCCGCCGCCUUCCCGGGCGCUGCGCCCGCCAAUGCCAACCUGGCGCUGCUGGUGAGCGGCCCGAGGCGGGGCGGCAGCGCUCCGCCCCCGGCACGGCUCUCCCCGCCCCUGCACGGCAGCGCGGCGGCGGCGGGGCCCGAGCACCCGCUGGCACGCCGGGUGCGCAGCGACCCGGGCGGGCGGCUGCUGGCCGCCUCCUACCCGCUGUACGCCAACGGGCUGGGCGGCCAUCUGCCAGGUCUGCCCUCCGAUUCAUCCGCUUCCUCCUCUUCCUCGUCCAGCUCGUCGUCCAGCUCGUCCUGCUCGUCGUCGGGUGUGCGGCGGAAGGGCAGCCGCGACUGCUCGGUGUGCUUCGAGAGCGAGGUGAUCGCGGCGCUGGUGCCCUGCGGCCACAACCUCUUCUGCAUGGAGUGCGCCAACCGCAUCUGCGAGAAGACCGAGCCGCAGUGCCCCGUGUGCCACAGCGCCGUCACCCAGGCCAUCCGCAUCUUCUCCUGAGCCCGGCGGCCGGCUGGGUGCUGUGCGGUGCAUGCUAUACAUAAUAACGGGCGACUCCAUUCUAGUGCUAGGCUAGUUUUUACACUGUACUUUAAUACGAAGCUUCCAAAUCUUCCCUUUUUUUAAAAAAAAAAAAAAAAAAAGAACAAAA